UUUUCUUUUCAAUUUUAGUUUUUAAUUAAAUUGAAGUUCAAACUGGAUAAUUUAAAAGAUUACGUCAUUAUAUGGACCUCGGCAGUAGGAACAAAACCACCGCUGUAUAAGAAACCUAGGCAAAAUCACCACCGAUUACGUCCCCGUCUAAUUAAAUUCGAGCCAGUCUAAGGUAGGCAAUUCAAAAUUGUGGUGUGUAGCCAAUUACCACAUUGGCGUACAGCAGAACACACACACCCCAGAUUUGGAUACGGAAUAUAAAAAAAGACGACUACGACGAAGACGUCACUCAUCAUCACCUGUUUAGUUUUUAAGGGGAGUGCGAGAGCCCAUCCCACCCCCAACCCCCGUGCCUGCACUGUGCAUAGAAACACAAGGAAAACACACCGAGGGUGGUAUAAGAGGACCAGGAAGAUAGUCGCAAGAUUCUAGUCAAACUGAAGCAGUUGUCGGAAGACGUUACGGUGCUGUUGAAAAUUGAAAAAAUGGACAGCAUCGUUGAGGAGAACGGCAACUCCUCAAACAAUAUAGACGACACAUCGGGCGGUGGUGGUAGUACUGGCGGUGGCGGCGGUCACAAUCUAUCAACAUCUUUACAACAACCUGCCACGGUACAAGCCACACAAAUGAAUCUGACAAACUCAAAUAGUGUACAACCUCCUAGCCAAUCAUCAGUCCCCGUAUCAAUAUCGGUGGCAGCCGCAGCAGCAGCCCUGGCGGCUAAUUCUGCCCUAACAACCACCUCCAACGUUGUACAAUAUCUACCCAAUCCACAUAGUUUGCCAGUUCAGUCGGUUAUACAGGCUGCCAAUCAAUCGUCUGUUAUACAAACGGCGGCCGGUAAUAAUUCACAAACACAUGUUGCCAUACCCAAGGGCACCGUUGUAUAUAAAAACAAUGCCACAGUUAUACACACAACAUCAGGCAAUGCUGUCCAACUUCCUCCACAUUUUCCCUGCAAGAUUAAACCUGAACCGAAUACACACCCCCUCGAUACAAACAGUGAAGAUAGUUACACCGAUGACGAUUCACCACGCGGCCGAAGGGAACUUACACGAAGACCAUCGUAUAAUAAAAUCUAUUCGGAAAUCAGUGGACCCGAUAUAACAGGUGGAACAAAUUUACAAAUGUCUGAUAAUGUUGGUAUACCCGCCUUGGCAACUGGUUCGGCAGGACCCGCACCUGGUACCUUAAUACAUUUACCUGCAGAGAAUACGUCAACAUAUUAUUUAUCCAAUAGGAUGACAUUUUCUAAUAACAAUGUCAUGGUACCCGAAGAUCAAACGCGAAAGCGAGAGAUACGCCUGCAAAAGAAUCGUGAAGCGGCCCGGGAAUGUCGCCGAAAAAAGAAGGAAUAUAUCAAGUGCCUGGAGAAUCGUGUGGCGGUGCUGGAAAACCAAAAUAAGGCUCUUAUAGAAGAGCUUAAAUCGCUCAAAGAGCUUUAUUGUCAGACCAAAAAUGAUUGAGACAGACCAAACUCUACACUAGACGACAACAUUAGCAGCAUUACUGAUGGUGGUGAAAGUGAAGGUGACGACGAAGAUGGCGGCGAAAACAAAAACGAUUUUCCCAUACCCCCUGAAGAUCAAGAAGAGUUCCAAGAAAUAUUCCAAGAUAACGAAGGCAGAAACGAUAAUGCCGUAGUGGUAAAGCAGCAAAGCAUAUUGGUUUUCAAUAAAGCCCCAAGUGGUAUUAUGACAAACUCUUCUACAUCUAAACAAUUGCCAACGACGUCGGUUAUAACCUUGCAACGACAACAACAACAACCAGCAGUCAAUGCUCGUUUUCUAGAUGUACGAAAAUCGCUGCUUUUACACAAAGCUCUGGUGAAGGAUGCCAAUCAGCAACAACAACAACAACAAAAACAAGAUAGUGUGGUAAUGAUCUGCACUACACCAACUUCAAGUCCAACGGCCGCAGUCCUUACUGCUCCAAUUUCUUGCAUAAGGCCCACUACCUCGGCUGUUAAUGAUUGUGAACCUGAUUAGAAAUUUAAUUACUUUUUUACUCUCGCCCCUCUCCAAAUUGUUUUUUUUUUGUCUAAAAGUAAGAACAGAAAAAAAAACACAAAUAGUCAAAAGAAAUGUAAGAAAGGAAAACAUCUUA